AUGUUCCGAGCCCGGCGAUACCGGGUCCUCCUGGUGUUUGCGGCUAUCUUUGUUCUGGCGCUGGUUCAUUUCGCUGGUUCACGAGAACAGCCCUCUGCUAAUUGGCGUGCAUCGCCGCCCGCCGAUCGUCGACCGGGGGCCUCUAGCUCAAAUCCGCCCGUCAUUCCUGCGCAAGCAGCCCCUCCAUCACCGGCUGCUCCUCCAUCUGCCCACGAAUAUAAGCCUGAGCAAUUCUCUACCGAUGAUUCCAACAAUUCCUCCCCCGAGGUGGCCGCAGAGGCUCCUCCCACCGCUUCAGCUGAACCUUCUCAACCGUCCGAGAAUCCCACCACCGGGAAAGAUGGGGACAGUCGGAAAAACACCGGACUUGGGGCUCCAGUCAAGGGGCAGGGCCGAUUGGGGGCAGACGGUCCUGCCACUACGUUGGCACGCCCGCACUGGCAGAAGCAGCCUGAACUCUUUCCCAUCCGAAGUGAGGAGAUGAUCCAAUUGCCAUUGGGUCAACCCAAUUCGAUUCCCCCGCUGCAGGCGGAUUUUAAAGACGAAACAUCCGCAGAUAAGAUGACGCGCCUCGAACGCUUGUCCGAGAUCAGGAAAGUCUUCGAACGCGCCUGGACUGGUUACAAGACCUCUGCUAUGGGGCACGAUGAGAUCAAGCCUUUGCGCGGUGGGUUCCGGGACCCUUUCAAUGGUUGGGGGGCUACACUGGUGGAUUCAUUGGACACGCUUUGGUUGAUGGGCCUGAAAGAGGAGUUCUCCAUCGCCGUGGACUACGUGAAGACGAUCGACUUCACCAUCUCGAAGAAGAAUGACAUACCUCUCUUCGAAACUGUCAUUCGUUACUUGGGCGGUCUCCUUAGUGCUUACGAUGUCUCGGGUCACAAGUAUGAUGUCCUGCUGGCGAAGGCCGUGGAACUCGCCGAGGUCUUAAUGGGCGCUUUUGACACCCCAAACCGCAUGCCCUCGCUGAAGUACAAGUGGUCACCAUCCCACUUGUCCAGACCCCAUCAUGCCGACAAGAAGGCUGUCCUGGCCGAACUCGGCUCCCUCUCCGUGGAAUUCACGCGUCUGGCACAGUUGACUAAUGAGAACAAAUAUUAUGAUGCCAUUGCGCGCAUAACCAACGAAUUGGAGAAGCUUCAAGAUCAGACCCAGUACCCGGGACUGUGGCCCACGAAGGUGGACGCCUCGGGGUGUCGCAAAAACCCCACGGUCAAUAAAAACGGCAUCGCAAAGGAACUCACCAAAGCUCGGCUCGAGCAGGAGUAUGCGCGUGAUCGACUCCCAGCGACUUCCACGAGUAGCUUUUACUCCAAGCCGCACCCCACUAAGCCAGCCCCGACGGACGCGAAGAGCUACCAGGAGUACUUCAAGACUCACGACACGCGGUCUCUGCCUGAAACUGCGCAGCUCGCAGAUAACCCUGUGGCCGCUGGGCGAGGGUCCGGUGGCGCGGAUCUGAGCUCUCCUGAAGCGCAGUGCACCGCGGGAUUGGAUACUCCUACGAUCGAUAAGGAGACGUACACCCUCGGCGCUCUUGCCGACUCGACAUAUGAGUACCUGCCCAAGGAGUAUAUGCUUUUAGGUGGUCUCAAUGACCAGUACCGAACUAUGUACGAGAAGGCCGUGAAAGCCAUUCGGCAACAUCUGGUCUUCCAGCCUAUGAUCAAGGGCGACUGGGACGUCCGAUUCCUGAGCACGGCAAUCAUCCCCAAGAACAAGCCAGGCCCCACGGUUAUGGAGUACCAAGGAGACCAUCUGUCGUGCUUUGUUGGUGGAAUGGUCGGCAUUGGAGCCAAACUUUUCGGGUUGGAUGGAGAUAUGGAGUUGGCCAAGCAACUGACUGAUGGCUGCGUUUGGGCGUACCAGUCCACUAAGAGUGGCAUUAUGCCUGAGGUAUUCUCCCUUGUUCCCUGCAAGAAAGGUCAGCCUUGUGAGUGGGACGAGUCCACUUACCACACCGCUCUGGAUCCGGACAUGCUGGAGCGCUUCGCCAAAGCGCAGGAGCGCAAGGAGCUGAAGGAGAAGGAGGAGGCAGCGGCGGCCAUGCAGGCCGAGGCCGAAGUAGCGGACCUGAAGAAGAAGAAGACCCUGCUUGGAAAGCGUGAGCGCGGCAACUGGCAUGUCAUUGGUCUGGAGGACGAGUCAACGGCGAAGAAGCCGGAGCCGGAGCAGCCUCCCGAGGAAGAAGAGGAGAAGGUGCCCUCCCAUGAAGAGUAUGUGGCGACACGCAUCAGCAACGAGCGCCUGCCACCGGGUGUCACGAAGCUCAACAACCGCAAAUAUUUACUGCGACCCGAGGCGAUCGAAUCGGUGUUCAUCAUGUACCGUCUUACUGGUGACGAGUCCUGGCGGGAGAAGGGCUGGGAGAUGUUUCAAGCCGUCUCCAAGUACACUCGAACCGAGUUUGCCAACUCGGCCAUUGACGACGUCACCGUCACAACUCCCGAGAUGCUGGACGAGAUGCAAUCAUUCUGGCUCGCCGAGACGCUGAAGUACUUUUACCUGCUCUUCAGUGAUCCGACGGUCGUCAGUCUCGAUGACUAUGUACUGAAUACCGAAGCGCAUCCUCUGAAGCGUCCGAACUAA